AUGCCUCGCCUAGAGGACGGCUUGGUGCCACCCUUCCUGGGAGCUCUCCAGGCGUGCACUUCUGUCCUUCUAACCCUUUUCUAUGGGCUCGUCACUCGACAGGCGAACAUCAUCCAUGAACAAACCAUCAAUGACAUGUCCGGCCUUUGCGUCAAGCUGUUUCUUCCAGCAUUAAUCAUGGUCAAGUUGGGGUCGGAGCUACAUCUGGAAACUGCCCUGAAUUAUGUCCCGGUAUUCGUAUGGGCGAUUUCCUAUACCGGUAUAUCGGUUAUUAUGGGAUAUAUUCUCUCCUAUCUACUCAAACUCCCGCAAUGGGUUACGCCAACCGUGGCAUCCAACAACACAAGCUCACUACCCCUGCUUCUCCUCGAAACUCUGCGAGCCACAGGGAGUCUAAGGCUGAUAACUCUACCUGGGCAAUCCCAAGAAGACGCAAUGAACCGCGCACAGUCGUAUUUUCUCGUCUGUGCUGUAACCACCAAGACAAUCUCGUACGCCAUUGGGCCGCGGAUGCUGCAAAAUCAAAUAAAUCAUGAUACUGAAGAGACAACACAACCCCAGCAACAACCACACGACAUGAACGAUGACAACAACAACAUCGAAGAUCGAAACUCUCCGGCCACCGAGGAAGAAGCCAACGAACAAACCUCUCUCCUCCCCAGACCCGUACAGAGAGCUCGCCACAAGUUCCAUAAAGGAAUCCGCUAUCUCUUCUCCUUCGUCCCUCGGUUUUUGAGAAGAGGCUUCAGCGUUAUCGACUCGCCUUUCCUCGACCUAGCUAUUCUCUGCACCGCAACGGGGGUUUUAUUCGGUCUUGUUCCGAAACUUCACCGUGCGUUUUUCGCAUCUUACGAAGAAGGCGGGAUAUUCCAGGCAUGGCUGACGUCGAGCGUUGAGAACAUUGGCGGCCUGUUCACGAGUCUUCAGGUAUUUCUAGUAGGAUGUAAACUGGGUGUGAGUUUUGAAAAGAUGAGACGUUCGAAGAGGUCGGGAGGGGUUCCGAUUAGAGCGUUGCUGGUGGUGUUUUGCGUGAGAUUGGUUGUUUGGCCGGCAAUCAGUAUCUCCGGGCUUUACUUCUUCAUUAGAUACACCAAAGUGCUCCCGCAUGACCCUGUUCUUUGGUUUAGUAUGAUGGUUAUGCCGACGGGUCCUCCAGCCCUAAUAAUUUCCGGUCUGGCUGAGCUUGAAGAAGUGUCAGAGUUGGAGAAGAUGGCCAUAGCAAAAAUUGAUUGGGUGCAGGUUAUGUAUAUGCUGUCGCCGGUUGUUUCGUUCACUAUUACCGGUGCACUGAAGGUUACGGAGGCGUUACUCAAUUCGCAGGGGAAGGGAUGA